AUGGAGACCGUCAAUGUCGCUGAAUUGGUUGAGCGCCUAGGUAGUGAUGAAGAUGCCGUGCGAAAAAUGGCCGUCUUCAAGCUCCAGAGCAACAUUGGAGACCCUUCCUUCGCCGACAUCUUCAUCGCAGAAGGAGGUCUGGUUCGAUUACGCUAUUUAACCCUUCAUGCGAGCGGAAAUACUUUGGCAUAUAGCUUAACGAGUUUCUCGAGGCUGCUUGAUGUUGACAAGGGAUGGGAAUGUGUUGACCAGGAGUUGGUUGAGCGCAUUGUCGAGUUGAUCGUCACUCAUCCUCUAGUCAACAUCCUCCGCGGUGCCAUGUCCAUUCUCGUCUCUAUUGUAUCCCAUCCAUACGCCGGGAACCGUACAUCCCAGGUCGACAACUUUGGUUUCCGCGCCCUGAAGCCUGCGAUCGCGAUAUACCCCCAAUUCCUGGAGAUGCUCGUCAGCCGAUUAUCCUCCGCAGACCAUGCGCUAUGUGCCAAUGCGCUCCAAUUGAUCAACUCGCUCAUGCGCGAUUCGAUCACCCACGACCCCGAGGCGGAGUGGCCCAAGUUCAUUCAAAAGUUACAGGACCUAGGCGUUAUCAGAGCGGUUUAUGUGCUCAUGCAGGAUUCUGCCCUUCAGGACCUAGCACAUCCACUCCUGGAAUUCCAGUCACUCACCAAGAUCCUGCUACGCAAAUGGCGAGAUAUCCCUGUCCACCAGGAGAAGCCGGAGCACCGCCGUGCGCUGAAAGGGAUAUACCUAGCCAGUAACCCAGAGAAGAUCCCCGACGAGGCUACUGAGAAUGGUGACGAUACACGGCGCUCUAGACGACACCAUCCAGAAAAGUGGAGGCGGCUUGGAUUUGAGACGGAGAACCCGGCAGGUGAAUUCUACGAGGUCGGGUUUCUUGGUAUGAUGGAUCUAGCGGACUAUGUUCGCAGUCAUGGGGAUGAAUUUCAAAAUAUGCUCUUGGAGCACUCCACAAAGCCGGCACGACAGCGGUGUCCGAUUGCUCGGGCAUCCUUAGCUGUCACAUCUAUUUUAUACGAGCAUUUCGAGGUCGAAAAGUCCGAUAUGGAUGACACAAAAACAUAUCUCAUUUCAGAGUCCCGUACGGGUUUUGAUAAACUGUUCCAGCCAUUGCUAUUACAUUGGACCCGACUACAUGUUGCCGGGUUACAGGCCUUCUUCCGCCUGUGGAAGGCGACGGCCGCCGAGGAAGAGGACUUGGACAAGAUCAUCGAGCUCGUACGCAUCCUCAUUGAGUCGGUGGUUGGCGGAGCUGCUCGGAUCAAGGAUGUCCAGGAUGUUGAAGAGGAACUGGCCGAUUUCGAAUACCAUCGAUUGCGUGGGCUGCAGAUGGAACUCCUUGAACUCACGUACGAGGAUGCAUGGGGCCAACACUUGCGACAGGUGCGCGAGGAACUUCACCAUGAGGCCCUCCAGUUCGUCAAGGAGCAACGAAUCCGAUCUUUGCUCCAAGGCAGUUGGUUCGCUCUGGACUCUCACUCCAAAUCGGAGUCCGGCACGGUGCAGAAGUCUACUGCCAGGUAUCAAUAUGCCCAGCUCUCUCAUAAUCGACGAUACUUACAUUUUGGUCAAUUUGACCUGAUGGGCGAUCGACCUCCGGAGCUGGACACCCUACCAGAGAAAAUCGAUCUCUCAAUCGUAUCAUCUGUAGUCUCCAACGUCUCCACCAGCCCAGACCAUUCCUCCACAGCCACCGUGAAGACCGCACCACGGCAACCCGCAACCAAGAUCACCAUCCACGGCUUCGCCCCCUCCACAGCCUCUGGACAUGGAAAAGGCCAUAGCCACGCCCGGUCCGGCAGCAGGUCCACCCAGAAGGAGGUAGUCCUGCUCACGCUGCGGCCGUCCUCACACAGCAUCGCGUCCGAAUGGCUAGAUGGUCUGCUGAUGCUCCUCAACCAGCAACCCAUCACCGCAGAGACAAGCAAGCUAAUUGAUCUGGUCAGCAACUAUGGGCUGAAGAUCCGCUUGCUCAAUGUGCGGUUUGACGACGCCACUUUCGCUGGUGAUGCUCCCCAGGUCCCUGCAAGAGAUGGCUUGGAUGAAGAUUAUUAUUAUGAUGUUUUUUUUGUCCAACUCAUCAUGGACGGUCGUCCUCCUAAAAGGCAACGCAAAUCUAAGGAUUCAAAGGAGCAGACAAAAUCAAAACGAAAUCCCAUCAUCAUUUCAGAUAGCUCCAGUCCUAUCGAACCAACAGAACCCUUCGCCCUCUCCUCACGCCCCAAACCCUCCUACUCACGCGAUACAACACCAACCCGGCCUCCCUCGUCACCUUCAAACAAAAAGAACAAAUCGUCACCAAACCCUGAUCCAAAAUCCAAAUCUCUACACAGCUUCUUUCAGCCCGCAACAGAGGGACAGCGAUGGGCACAAAAGACCGAGAAGCAGUCCCUCCCGGUCAGGGAGACUGUCGACGUGGACCUGAUUGAGGAUGACUACGACUCCUACGAUGAAAUUUUCACACAGCAUCUAGCUAAUGAGCGAGCGGGAACGGGUCUGGUGGCCGUGAGCUCCAGCCAGACGCGUCAACCUGCACCAAAGCCAGCACCAAAGCCAAAGGCAAAGGCCCCAGUCAAACCACCGCGGAAGACAAGGAAACGGUUCCUUCUAUCUAUGGACUCUACAAAUGGCACUUCAAAGGAGCCAUUGGCUGUGCAACCGGCUGGCGAACCGGACCGUCGACCUUGGGCUCAGCGCUUCGCUCCGGCCAACCUGAGCGAAUUGGCCGUUCAUAAGAAAAAGGUCUCGGAUGUACAGCAUUGGCUCGAAGAUGCUUUUGCUGGGAGACGUUCUGAGAGGUUACUUGUCCUACGGGGUCCGGCAGGCAGUGGGAAGACCACCACUAUAUCCCUGCUCUCUGAUUCACUUGGUUACGAUAUUGUCGAGUGGAAGAAUCCCCCGGUUUUGGAAUUUGGAGCUCGCGAUUAUCAAUCCGUAAGCGCGCACUUCGAAGAGUUUCUUGGACGGGGUAAUAAAUUUGGAGGCCUUGACCUCGAAAAUAUCAGCGAGCUCGAUCCACAGAAAGGUGAGAAAUCUCAGGACCACCGGAUACUUCUCAUAGAAGAGUUUCCAACUGUGCUUGGUCGGGCGUCCUCCGCCCUUACGGCGUUUCGGGCGUCUCUCCAACAAUAUUUGGCUGCCUCUGCAAAUGAUCAUGCCCGGGGCAGUUCUGGAGCGAAUCACCCGCCCAUAGUGAUCAUUGUGUCGGAGACUUUGCUAGGAUCUGCGUCCUCAAGCUCAGAUAACCUGACAGCUCACCGGUUACUGGGGCCCACGAUCUACAAUCACCCCGGGACAACGAUAUUGGAUUUCAAUAGCAUUGCACCAAGCUUUAUGCACAAGGCUUUGCGAUCUAUUUUGGACAGAGAGGCAUUGAAUUCCAGACGUGUACAAAUACCUGGGCCGGGCGUUAUAGAUAGUAUCUCUGAAAUCGGCGAUAUCCGCAGUGCAAUCUCCUCUCUCGAGUUCCUUUGUCUCAAGAGGGAUACGGGAAGAUGGGGAGGCAGUGUGGCCAAAACAAAGAAAGCUCGAGGCGAGGUUGCUUUGACGGCGAUGGAGAAAGAGUCUCUCAAGAUGAUAACCCAGCGAGAGGCGAGUUUGGGCAUGUUCCACGCCGUUGGUAAGAUAGUGUACAACAAACGCAUGGACCCUAGUCUGAUCGAGGGCGAUGUUGAGAUCCUUCCACCGCCACCGAACUAUCUACGCCGUUAUGCCCGACCAAAAGCUUCACAGGUAUUGGUCAAUGAUCUAAUCGACGAGACUGGAACCGACAUCUCAACGUUCAUCAGUGCUCUUCACGAAAAUUACAUCCCAUCCUGUGAUGGGGAUAAUUUUACCGACUAUUUCAACGACUGCAUCGACGCACUCUCCGAUAGCGAUAUCCUCAGCGCCGACCGUCGACCAGGACAAGGGGCACGGUCUGGGACGGGAACUGGAAUCACCUCCUUCGGUAGCGGUGUGGAUGUACUUCGGCAGGAGGAAAUGAGUUUUCAAGUUGCGGCGCGUGGUCUUCUUUUUGCUCUUCCAUAUCCAGUCAAGAGACGGGUUGGGUCUGGAACUGGACGAAAUCGCGCAGGUGAUGCCUACAAGAUGUUUUACCCAGCAUCUCUACGAUUGUGGAGAGCGUCCGAGGAGAUCGAUGGAUUGAUCGACUCAUGGAUGAACCGAUUACUUGAUCCUUUUGGACAACAUCUUUCUCAAAAUUCUGACCUUACGGGUGUCAGUUCCUGGAAAAAUCUCCAGGUUGGAAGGGUCUCGACAGGAAACGAAGACAGUUCAGGUGUGGUCACGAUGAUGGCCCGGAAUGAUCUACUGCUCCAUCAACUGCCAUAUAUGGCUACAAUUCGACAUCAAGACCCAGAUUAUUGGCAGUUGGAUAAGAUUACUAGCAUUCAUUCCAGCGAGAAUCUUCGCAACGACGAUAUGGAGGAAUCUCCUAUGAAACCACCCAGCAGUAAUGUUUUGGAACCUGAACCUGAAGAGAAAUUGAUUCUCAGUGACGAUGAUAUUGUUGAUUGA